CCAACUCUUCACCAUCUCGGAAUUCCUAGUCUUUCUCACUCUCUCAGUCUCACUACUCUCUCGUGACUCGUGACACGGCACUCCUUCAGAGGACAAGGCCAGCAAUGGCGCCGCACGCGUCGUGACUCGUGGCUCGUCAGAGGGAAGGGGGCGAUUGGCUCACUGUGACCGCCAUGGCGAGCGGGCCGGCGAUGGCUCCAGCAGCCUGGCCGGCGUCGGCGACGCAGGACGAGAUGCGGUGGCGGCAGCUGGACAGCGGCGUCAGCGCCGUGUCCUUCGGGUUCGUGGCCACGGCCAUCCUCGUCUCCAUGUUCCUCGCCAUGGCCAUCCUCGAGCACUUCCUCCGCGCCCCGGCGCGCGCCCGCGGGAUGGCCCCGCCGUUCGCGCCCUCGCCGCCCCGAGGAGGGAUCCUCUUCCGCCUGCGCUUCCUCCUCCUCCGCGGCCGCGGCGGCGGCGAGGCCGGUGGCUUCCCCGGCUCGGAUCUCGAGGCGGCCAGCAAACUCGACGGCCGCGCGUCCCCCGAGAUGCCUGUUUAUGCCAAAGGCGUAUCCGUUCUGAUGCCAGGACAAGAUGUACCAACAUUCAUCGCGCAUCCUGCCCCAGCACCCUGCCCCCCGGAGAGGAUCCAGUGGCCAUCGCAUCAGCCUACUCCUUUUGCUGGUUCCUCCUCAAAUCCAAGCUAGCACGGUCGGACCAACCACCCUUCUGUCUCACAAUCCAAAGGGAAGGCGUAAAAUGCAGGAAGAAUGACCACAAUCCGCAUCUGUACAGUCUAGAUCUUCGUUCUGGAGCAAGUUUUGCUGGCUCCUGCUGCAUUAUGGCGGGAGAACAGCGGCUAGUGGAUCCAUGGAAUUGUUGCUGAUCCCACUUGCUCGGGUAGUGUUAGAUGCCUUUGUUCUCGUUUAUGCUAGUGCCAUCAGGCGUGUUAGAUGCCUCGUAGGUGAGCCAUGGAUGGAUAUGAACAUCUUAUGUAAGUUCGAUGGGUAAAUGAAAUGUCAAGCUCUUUUCCUCAAUAAA